AUGAUGGAUGCUCGAAAAGGACCAAUACAUGUAUCUAUUGUAAAUAAAUAUGUCGAUUUUUAUGAAGAAAGUAAUGGAAAUAGUAUAGAAAGAAAUUCAUUAAAUAUAAAAAAAAAUAUUGAUAAUAAAAGUUGUGAAAAUAAAAUAGAUAAAUAUAUGAAAAAAAAAAAAAAAAAAAAAAAAGAUGAAAAAAAAAUAAAAAUAUAUACAAACAAAAAUAGUAUUAUAAAUAAUAUAGAAAAAGAAAAUAUUAAUGGAAUAAAUAAUUUUGUCAAUUGGAAUAAUAACAAUAGUUAUGGUUAUCUUAUUAAAGAUGAAUUAAAUACAAUUGAUUGUAAUAAAAUUAGGUCAAAAAAAAUAAAAAAAAACAAAGAUAUUUUACUAAAUAAUAAUGAUAAUACUAGAUUUAGUGAUAAAGAAGAUAGGAAACAAAUUUAUAAAGUUAAACAUAAAAAUGGAAUCAAAUUAUUUUUGUAUAUAAUUAAAAAAUAUCCAAAAGUUUUAUUUAAUCGAAGAAGUUUAUUAUAUUAUUAUAAACUUGUGAAUAAAUAUAAUAAAGGAAUUUUAGAUACAAAAAAAUAUAAAAAUGAAAAAAUAAAAUUAAGGAAUUUAUUAUAUAAAAUAAGUUUAAGGAAUGUAUCAAAAAGGGAUAAUUCCAUCGAGGAAACUCAAGACAACAUUAAUAAAAAAAACAAAAAUAAAGAAAUAACUAUUUUAGACAAAUUAUAUCUUCAAAAUAAAUUUAUUAGUGCAAAUAGAUAUAAACAAAAGGUAAAGAAAAUAAAAGAGGAAACCCAAUUUAGAAACGAUUAUGACUAUAUAUAUAACCAUAGAUAUACUAAUAUAAAUAAUAAAGACAAUAAUAUUCAUGAUGAUUCUACUUCUAAAAUAGAUGCAAAACAAAUGAAAAUUGAUAGUAGUUCAGAUGAAUAUAUUGAAGAAAAACUUGGAAAAUAUAAAAAUUUUCAAAAAAAAGAAAAAGAAAUUAUAAAUAAAGACGAAAUAUUUCAAAGAUGUAAUAAUAACAGUUUAUCCACAAAUUAUGAUAAAAAUAAAAAAUGUGAAAUUAUGGAUAAAAAUAAAAAAUGUGAAAUUAUGGAUAAAAUUGUGAAUCCAUUAUUAAAAGUGGAUGAUAAUGUAACAGUUCAAUGGGAUUUAAAAAAUUUUGAAGAUAGAAAAAUAAAAAAAACGAUUAAAAAAAUUGAAAAAAAAAAUAUAAUAAAUACUAAAAAAGUUAAAAAUGGAGAAAUAACUUUCCCUUUGAAAUAUACCAAGAAUGAUGAAAUAAAAAAUAUGGGUAACAAAAAUAGAGACGAAAAUAAUAGUGAAAAAAUUAAAAAAAAAAAAAAAUUUAUUCAUAUUCGAACGGAUGAAUAUAAUAAUAGUAACAAUUACGUGUAUAGCGAAACGAACUAUAAAUUAUGUCCUCAAAAUAACAAAAAACAUGAUAACACCAAAAUUGAAAAAAGAGAUGAUAUUUUAGAUAAUAUAUUUCAUCCGAGUCAAGAUAUGCCUAGUUAUAAAACUUUCGAAAGGGCAAAAGAUGAUGAAGAAGAAAAUGAUAAUGAAGAAGAUGAUGAUAAUGAAGAAGAUGAUGAUGAGGAAGAUGAUGAAGAAGAAGAUGAUGAUGAAGAUGAUGAGGAAGACGAUGCUAGAGAGAAAUAUAUUGCAAGAUUGGAAGCAAAACAAAUGAAGAAAAAAAAUAUUAAAACUAAAAAAAAAAGUCAUAAUAUUGAUGGGGAAAAUAAAAAAAAUACAAACAUCCAUAUGAAUAGGGAUGAAUAUAUAUUAAAAAAAAAAAAAAAAAAAAAUAUAGUAGAAAAGGAAGAUAUCUUAUCAAGUAGUGGAAACGAAAGUGAUGAUAUAAAAACAAAAGAAUAUUUAAUAUUGAAAGAAAUAAAAAUGAAACAAGAUAGUCAAAAAAUUCGACUAAAUUUAGAUGCUUCAUGUUUUGCAUCUAAAGGAGCAGGGUUAUAUAACUAUGGACAAAAUAUUUGUUUUUUUAAUAGUAUAAUUCAAACAAUUGUAAGAAUUCCAUAUAUAUGUAAAGAUUUAUUAAAUAAAUUACACUCAUUAAAUUGUGAAAAAAAAAAAAAAAAAGAAUUUUGUUUUUAUUGUAUAUUUGAACAUUUUGGAUAUAAUAUAAUAUCAAAAAAAAAUGUAAUAAAAAAUAGUUUAAUACCAUAUAUAAAAAAAUAUAUAUGUAAUAGUUAUAAUAUAGGAUAUCAAGAAGAUGUACAUGAAUAUUUAAGAUAUUUUUUAUGCUCAUUAGAAAAAUCUUCAUUUUUUUCGUCUAUAUAUAUACAAAAAAUGUUUACAGGAGUAACUAAAAAUGUUACUAUGUGUAUGAAUUGUAAUAAUGUAUCUUUAAAAUAUGAACAAUAUUAUGAGUUAUCAUUAGAUAUAAGUUCAGUUAAUAAUUUAGAAGAAGCUUUAAAAAAUUUUUUAUCAAACGAAAUGCUAAUUGGUGAUAAUGGCUAUUAUUGUGAAAAAUGUCGAAAAAAAAAAAAAGCUACAAAACAAUGUGUUAUAAAUAAAUUACCAAGAGUAUUAACUAUACAAAUAAAAAGAUUUUUUAUGAAUUCAAAAUUUAAUAUUGUUAAAAAUAGAAAACAUAUAUCAUAUCCUUUAUGUUUAGAUAUGAAAUAUUAUGUUAAUAAUUAUUAUUUAUUUAAAAAUACCAUAAAUGAUGAUGUUAUACAUUUAUAUGAAAAAAUGAUGUCUAAUAAUAAAUCAAAUAAAAAUAAUGAUGAUAAUUUUUUUAAUGAUAAAAAAUCAAAGAUUGGACAAAAUGAUUAUAUUAAUCAGAAUAAAAUAAAAGAAGAGAAUUACAACAAUGUGAAAAAUGAAAUAAAUCAAAAUAAUAACGAUCAAAAUAUUCAACAUAAAUAUGAAAAAUAUAAUAAUAAAGAUCUAAAUGUUUUAAGAGAAAUAGAAAAUAUUUUUAUACAAUUAAAAAAUGAAAUAUAUAUUAAGUUACAAAAUAGACAUCCCCCAAUAUCUAGCUUAAAAAAUUUAGUAAUAGAAAAAAGAAAAGAGAUUAAAAAAGAAUUAAAUAAAAUAAAAUAUUUCAAAUUUUAUAAAGGUGCUAUAUUAAAAAUUUCGAAAGAUAUCAAUACAUUGUAUUAUUGCAUUAAAAAUAGUUCAGAAAAAAAUAAAAAAAUAAACUUAAAAACUUUGGUGUUUAAAUAUAGAUUGGAUUAUUAUGAACGUAAACAAAAAGAAAGAGAAAAUAAUCAAGAUGAAAUAAAUUUUUUAAAUAAAAAAAAUAGCAGCAGCAACAGUAGCAGCAACAACAACAACAACAAUUCUGAAGCUUUUUCAAAUACAAAUCAUUAUGAGAAAGAUAAUUUUUUGGAAAAUAAAGGAGAAAAAAAUUUAAAUAAUAAUAAAAAAUUUUAUCAAAAUAAUAAUCAUUUUUAUUAUGAAUUAACUGGACUUAUUAAACAUAUUGGGUCAGGAACAGAUUAUGGUCAUUAUAUUGCUCUUACAAAAUCAAAUAAUAAUAUUUAUCUACAAUGUGAUGAUAAUAAUAUCUCUUAUGUUAAUAAAAAGGAUAUUUUAAAUUGUGCAAAAAAUGCAUAUGUUUUUGUUUACACAUGUACACAUCCACAGUUUAUUGAUUUUUAUAAUGCAUAUGUGGAUGUUCUUGAAAAAAAAAAAUUUGAUAUUAAUCUUCCAGUUUUUGAAAAAAGAGUUGAAUUUAGAGAAAGAAUAACAAUGCCAAAGAAAAAGUUCAUAAGUAAAUCCCUCUGUUAUGCUAUACGUGGUUAA